UUUCAGGAAGUUGUAGCAGGAAUAAUUAUGUGGCUAACGUUGUCGUUGGCUAAAUACUUUUUGUGAUGAUUAAUUCAGACGUUUACUUUGUGGGAAAUGCAUGAACAUCCACACCGCUUACAAUAUGGCUAAUAUAGCAAGGACCGGAGACAUUAUCCAUUUAAACGUUGGAGGAAAAAGGUUCAGCACCUCCAGACAGACAUUGACAUGGGUCCCAGACUCCUUUUUCUCAAGUCUUCUAAGUGGGAGGAUCUCAACUUUGAAGGAUGAAACUGGAGCGAUCUUCAUAGAUCGAGACCCAUCUCUCUUUACUCCCAUACUGAACUUCCUGCGUACCAAAGAGUUGUUUCCCAGGUCUAUAAAUGUGCACCUGCUCAUGCAUGAAGCGGAGUUCUAUGGAAUCACUCCGUUGGUGCGUAAGCUGCAGCUUUGUGACGAACUGGACCGAUCCUCCUGUGGAAACGUGCUCUUCAAUGGCUAUCUGCCACCUCCAGUGUACCCGGCGAAGCGGAGAAAUCGCCACAGUGUGGCGGGGCCUCAGUAUAUGGCUGGCUGUGCCUUGCCCAUGGAGAGGGCUCCAGUGAGACGCAGCAACACCAUGCCACCCAACCUGGGCAACGCGGGCAUACUGGGUAAAGCAAUGAUUGAGGAGAGGAUAAGUGGUGCUCAGCUUGCAGACCCAGGCAUGGUCCGCAUCAUCUGUGGCCACCACAACUGGAUCGCUGUGGCUUAUGCCCAGUUUGUUGUUUGCUACAGAGUGAAGGAGUCUACGGGCUGGCAGCAGGUGUUCACCAGUCCCCGUCUGGACUGGGUGAUUGACAGGGUGGCGCUCAACGCCAAGGUGAUGGGCGGCUCCCUGGGAGACAACGACAAGAUGGUGGCCGUGGCCUCGGGCACAGAGAUCAUCCUCUGGACUAUCUGUCCCGAUGGCAACGGCAACGAGAUAGGUGUGUUCAGUCUGAAUGUCCCCGUGGAGGCUCUCUUCUUUGUGGGGAACCAGCUGAUUGCCACCAGCCACACAGGGAAAGUGGGAGUAUGGAAUGCAGUGACCAAACAUUGGCAGAAUCAAGACGUGGCUCCCAUUAAUAGCUAUGAUACUGCCGGUUCCUUCCUCAUUCUAGGCUGUAACAAUGGGUCCAUAUAUUAUAUAGAUGUUCAGAAGUUUCCAUUGAGGAUGAAGGACAAUGACCUCCUAGUGACAGAGUUGUACCGCGACCCCACGGAGGACGCCGUCACGGCUCUCAGUGUCUACCUCACGCCCAAAACAAUCCCCAAUGUGUCAUCAGGCGACAGUGGCAACUGGAUCGAGAUCGCCUACGGGACCAGCUCGGGCACGGUGCGGGUCAUAGUGCAGCACCCGGAGACCGUGGGCUCUGGGCCCCAGCUCUUCCAGACCUUCUCAGUCCACCGCAGCCCCGUCACCAAGAUCAUGCUCUCUGAGAAGCACCUCAUAUCAGUGUGUGCAGACAACAACCAUGUGCGGACCUGGACGGUGACUCGCUUCAGGGGCAUGAUCUCCACCCAGCCAGGCUCCACCCCCCUCACCUCCUUCAAGAUCCUCUCUCUGGAGGACAUCGACGGCCACGGGGGCUGUGCUGCCGGCACUGAGAUAGGUCCCUAUGGCGAGCGAGACGACCAGCAGGUAUUUAUCCAGAGGGUCGUUCCUGACACAGACAAACUCUACGUGCGUCUCUCGUCCAACGGGAAGAGGGUGUGUGAGGUGCGCUCUGUGGACGGCACCUCCAUCACCUCCUUCAUGGUGCACGAGUGCGAGGGGUCCAGCCGCAUCGGCUCACGUCCCCGCCGCUACCUCUUCAGUGGCCACGCCAACGGUAGCAUCCAGAUGUGGGACCUGACCACCGCCAUGGAGAUCGCAGGGAAAGUGGACAUCAGGGCGCUGGGCGGCCCUACGGAAGAGGAGCUCCUGGAGCUGUUAGACCAGUGUGACCUGGCUCUGACCCGUACACCUGACAUGAGUCCCGCUGCCUCCUUCACCCACUCCUCCACCCCCCGAGCCUCAACCUCCAGUUUGCAGUCCCAGAUGAGUGAGAGCUCCAGAGAGCGUGGGACCAGAGGUGUGAGCAGCUCGGGUCCCUUCUCUGGUAGCCUGCCCCGCCAGGCCCCUCCGGUACCCCUCACCAAGCCCCGGGACAUGGCUCUCUCCAUGGCGGGGUUGGGCAUCCAGCCCCACCACCUGGGUCUGAGCCAGGCCUCCCUCAGCAGCAGUGGCAGCCCCCGGCCCAGCCGCACCGUCCCCCAGGACAGAGACCGGGACGGUGGCACGGGGUCUCUGCGCAGGGGUAGUUUUGUUGAGCGUUGUCAGGAGCUUGCCAAGGUCUCGGACUCUGCAGGAGGGGCGGAGGGGGGCACGCGGCGCAGCCUGGCUGUAUGCUCGGAGUUGGAGGGUAGACUGGGCCAACGAACCCCCGCUUCUUUCUCCAGCCCCCCUGCAGCCUCCCCAUCUUCAUCGCCGCGCCGGCCACAGCCCACCUCACCCAGCCCUGCCCCUGCUACAAUCGUCAGUCCAACCCGCUCCCAGACCCCCUUGUCGCCUCGUCGACCAGACACCUCCCCUACUACAGAAGUCCCGCCCCCUGAGGCUGCAGCAGCCACUCCAGAGAGCUCCUCCCCUGUUCCCCCCACCAGUCCUAAACCCCCUAUGAAUGAGACCAGCUUCUGACUGGCUCGGUGAUGUAUGAGUGAGUGGACUAACAAUGGACACUUUUGGCGUUUCUGAGCAUGUGUGGUUUAGUGACGGCACCUAUUGUCACAUUUAUGGACAUUUCCUUGUUUAGCAUCAGGGACACAUAUCAAAUGUCAUUCGUCUGUUUUCAAAAGGGCCAGCUGUGAUGUAGGCAAGAUUCUUAUACAACAUAUCCAAACUGUCAAUGUGUUGAUGAUACACGUUGCAGAUCUAGCCAUGUAUACAGUUGUUCGGUUGCGUUUGGUAGAGCAGUCCAUUUCAUUAAAUUACACUGAACAAAAAUCUAAAUGCAACAAUUUCAAAGAUUUUACUGCGUUACAGUUCAUAUAAGGAAAUCAGUCAAUUGAAAUAAAAUCAUUAGAUUAGGGCCUAUGUAUUUCACAUAGCUGGGAAUACAGAUAUGCAUCUGUUUGUCACAGAUACCUUAAACAUUUUUAUAGUGCGGUCAGAAAACAUGGGAGUAUAUGGUGUGACCACCAUUUGCCUUAUGCAGCACGACACAUCUCCUUCGCAUAGAGUUGAUCAGGCUGUUGAUUGUGGAAUGCUGUCCCACUCCGCUUCAAUGGCUGUGCGAAGUCGCUGGCUAUUGGCAGGAACUGGAACACGCUGUUGUACAAAAUCGAUCCAGAGCAUCCCAAACAUGCUCAAUGAGUGACAUGUCUGAGAAUGCAAGCCAUGGAAGAACUGGGACAUUUUGUGUACAGCUCCUCGCCACAUGGGUCAGUGUAUUAUCAUGCUGAAACAUGAGGUGAUGGCGGCAGAUGAAUGGCACGACAAUGGGCCUCAGGAUCUCGUCACGGUAUCCCUGUGCAUCCGUGGAGGCUGGUGGGCUCAUUGUAAUGGCUGGAAUGGAAUAAAUGGAACUGUGUAUAUAUGGAAACCACAUGUUUGACUCCGUUCCAUUUCUUCCAUUCUAGCCAUUACAAUGCGUCCGUCCUCCUAUAGGUACUCCCACCAGCCUCCAUUGCCGUGCAAUUGGCAUUGAUAAAAUGCUAUUUUGUUUGUUGUCCGUAGCUUAUACCUGCCCAUACCGUAACCCCACCGCCACCAUGGGGCACUCUGUUCACAACGUUGACAUUAGCAAGCCUCUCGCCUACACAACGCCCUACACCCUGUCUGCCGUCUAUCUGCCCGGUGCAGUUGAAACCAGGAUUCAUCCGUUAAGAGCACACUUCUCCAGUGUGGCCAUCAAAAGUGAGCAUUUGCCCACUGAAGUCGUUUUCACCCUGGUUAGGAUGAGCACGCAGAUGAGCUUCCCUGAGACAGUUUCCGAUACAAUUUCUGCAGAAACUAUUAUUUGGUUGUGCAAAACCACAGUUUCGUCAGCUGUCCAGGUGGCUGGUCUCAGACGAUCCCGCAGAUGAAGAAGCUAGAUGUGGAGGACCUGGGCUGGCGUGGUUACACGUCGUACUGCCAAAAUCUCUAAAAUGACGUUGGACGUGGCUUAUAGUUGAUAAAUGAGCAUUCAAUGAUCUGGCAACAAUUCUGGUGGACAGUCCUGCUGUCAGCAUGCCAAUAACGUUCAGCUUUACAAAAAAUUACAUAUUUAUCAUGGUUAUUUGAAUUUAAAGGGCAAUUUUCAUCAUCUUCAGCACCAAACCAGUGUCUACAUAUGUGAAAACUGCGCGUUCUCUAUUAUUAUGUAGUUAAAAAGAUAAGAAAGCUCCUAAAAAAUGCUUCUGUGACGUCAAGUUUAUGAUUAAAGAAAAGAAUAGUGACUUUCCAAACCUGCAAUAAGUUUUUAGCCCAAAGGAGGGUAUGUUCUUGCUCCCCAGGUCACCUGGAAUCUCAUAGUGUCUGAAAAUCACUGUUCUGAUGAUGCCAUCGGGUAGAACUUUCAGAUGGGACGUUAAACGGGUGGCCUGAUUCUCUGUGGUCACUAAAGAUCCCAUGGAACUUCUCGUAAGAAUAGGGGCAUUUUAAUACCGGUGUCCUGGCUAAAUUCCCAAUCUGGUCCUCGUACCAGGUUGCUGGAUCGAAUCCCAGAGCUGACAAGGUAAAAAUCUGUUAUUCUGCCCCUGAACAAGGCAGUUAACCCACUGUUCCACGAUAGGCCGUAAUUGUAAAUAAGAAUUUGUUUUUAACUGGCUUGCCUAGUUAAAUAAAUCAAUAAAACCAUCAUGGCCACCUAAUCAUCCCCAGCUUCCAAUUGGCUCAUUCCUCCCCCUGUAAAUAUUCCCCAGGUCGGUGCUGUAAAUGAGAAUCAUCAGCCAACUUACCUAGUAAAAUAAGGGUUAAAUAAAUGCAAUUUGAAUUUUUUUUUUUUUUUUUUUUUUCUAAACUAAGAAAUGUGUAGUUUUCAUAUGCUGAACCUGGAUUUGUGCUGGAGAUAAUGAAAAUAAUUUUGAGACGUGGUGAAGUUGCUCUUUUAAGAGAACUGUAAAUACAUGUAAUAGUCUUUACUCCGCACUGGGAUCCACCAUCAUGGGCUUGAGGGGCUGAAGUGAUGUAUAGGCCUACACCUCUAAAUGUUUCUGAUACCCUCUACAGAUUUCUCUUUCAGUCUUCCUGCUUUGCACUACGGUUGGCUUUCUGUACCUUAAAUGAAUCAACAAGCCUACUGCACACGCAGUAGUGAUGAUUGUUGAAGAAGAAACCGAUGUCGAAUCUAUAGAUGAAUGAUAGACUUUUUAUCAUUCAUAUGUUUAGUUACGUCUGACUAACUUACUGCCAUUUUGGAUAAUUAUUUUUCAAGUCUUCCUCCAGAUCACAACCCAGUGCCUCACGUACCUGUGUUAUCUUUUUUUUAAUGGGUUAUUACCAUUUUACCCAAACUUUGUUGCAAGGACAAGCAACUUGAUUGUGGAGUGAUUCUACCAAACGUAGGUAGAGGUCUAUCUCUGUGCUUUUUCUGAACCAUUUGAUUACUAUAUUUACAAAAUAUAAACCUGUUUUCACAUGUUUGUAUUUAGUGGUUUCUGUCGUAAUGUUAACUGGGUUAAUUGCUAUGUCACUGACAACAAUGUAGUUCAGCAGUAUUUUCUGUUGCACCAAUAGCUCAGAUGAAGAGGCGUGUUCAAAUUUGUCUCUGUUUACUGUCUUGUCUAAUACUUGUCACUUUUUUUUUUUUUGUCUUUCACUCUGGUAGCGUUUGUUUUUCCUCUGCAAUUCUAUGUUGUGUCACAUAAAUGAAGCAGAAAGUCAUACUAUUAAUCAAACUCUUCCAUUUAUGUGUAUGUUCGUGUCAUUGGUUAAACUGGCAGCACCUUGAAUGUUUUGUGGAAUUGUAAGAAACUCAAAGGUAGGCUUUUAACCCAUUAUCUUAUGUUUUUAAAUGCCAUUUUCUGACUGACUAUAUAUACAGUAACAGUCAAGUUUGGACACACCAACUCAUUCAAGGGUUUUUCUUUAUUUUUACUAUUUUCUACAUUUGUAGAAUAAUAGUGAAGACAUUAAAACUAUGAAAUAACACCUGGAAUCACGUUGUAACCAAAAAAGUAAGAUGUAUUUUUUUAUAUGUGAGAUUCUUCAAAGUAGCCACCCUUUCUUUGCCUUGACAGCUUUGAUCACGCUUGGCAUUUUCUCAACCAGCUUCAUGAGGUAUUCACCUGGAAUGCGUUUCAAUUAACAGGUGUGCCUUGUUAAUUUGAUGAAUUUCUUUCCUUAAUGUGUUGUGAAAAGGUAUGGGUGGUAUACAGACGAUAGCCCUAUUUGGUUAAAGACCAAGUCCAUAUUAUGUGAAGAACAGCUCAAAUAAGCAAAGAGAAAAUGACAGUCCAUCAUUACUUUGACAUGAAGUUCAGUCAAUACGGAAAAUUUCAAGAACAUUGCUGGUGACGCUGUCUGUGAUUUAUAUAGAAUUCAAGGCACACUUAACUGGCAUGGCUAGUACAGCAUUCUACAGUGAGACGCCAUCCCAUCUGGUUGGUCCCACUAUCAUUUGUUUUUCAACAGGACAAUUACCCAACACACGCUUUAAGAAGGAAAGAAGUUCCACAAAGAACUUUUAACAAGGCAUACCUGUUAAUUGAAAUGCAUUCCACGUGAGAACCUUAUGAAGCUGGUUGAGAAAAUGCCAAGCGGGAUCAAAGCUGUCAUCAAGACAAAUGGUGGCUACUUUGAAGAAUAUAAAAUAUAUUUUGAUUUGAUUAACACUUUUUUUGGUUACUCUACGUGAUUCCAUAUGUGUUAUUUCAUAGUUUUGAUGUCUUCACUAUUAUUCAACAAUGUACAAAAUAGUAAAAAUAAAGAAAAACCCUGGAAGGUGUAGGUGUGUCAACUUUUGACUGGUACUGUGUGUGUGUGUGUGUGUGUGUGUGUGUGUGUGUAUAUAUACAUACAGUUGAAGUCGGAAGUUUACAUACACUUAGGUUGGAGUCAUUAAAACUUUGCAUCUACUUUGUGCAUGACACAAGCAAUUUUUCCAACAAUUGUUUACAGAUUAUUUCACUUAUAAUUCACUGUAUCACAAUUCCAGUGGGUCAGAAGUUUACAUAGACUAAGUUGACUGUGCCUUUAAACAGCUUGGAAAAUUCCAGAAAAUUAUGUCAUGGCUUUAGAAGAUUCUGAUAGGCUAAUUGACAUAAUUUGAGUCAAUUGAAGGUGUACCUGUGGAUGCAUUUCAAGGCCUACCUUCAAACUCAGUGCCUCUUUGCUUGACAUCAUGGGAAAAUAAAAAGAAAUCAGCCAAGACGUCAGAAAAUAAAUUGUAGACCUCCACAAGUCGGGUUCUUCCUUGGGAGCAAUUUCCAAAUGCCUGAAGGUACCAAGUUCAUCUGUACAAACAAUAGUACGCAAGUAUAAACACCAUGGGACCACGCAGCCAUCAUACCACUCAGGAAGGAGACACGUUCUGUCUCUUAGAGAUGAAUGUACUUUGGUGCAAAAAGUGCAAAUCAUUCCCAGAACAAAAACAAAGGACCUUGUGAAGAUGCUGGAGGAAACAGGUACAAAAGUAUCUAUAUCCACAGUAAAGCGAGUCCUAUAUAGACAUAACCUGAAAGGCCGCUCAGCAAGGAAGAAACCACUGCUCCAAAAGCGCCAUAAAAAAGCCAGACUACGGUUUGCAACUGCACAUGGGGACAAAGAUUGGAUUUUUUGGAGAAAUGUCCUCUGGUCUGAUGAAACAAAAAUAGAACUGUUUGGCUAUAAUGACCAUCGAUAUGUUUGGAGGAAAAAGGGGGAGGCUUGCAAGCCGAAGAACACCAUCCCAACCGUGAAGCACGGGGAUGGCAGCAUCAUGUUGUGGAGGUGCUUUUCUGGAGGAGGGACUGGUGCACUUCACAAAAUAGAUGGCAUCAUGAGGAGGAAAAUGAUGUGGAUAUAUUGAAGCAACAUCUCAAGACAUCAGUCAGGAAGUUAAAGCUUGGUCGCAAAUGCGUCUUCCAAAUGGACAAUGACCCCAAGGAUACUUCCAAAGUUGUGGCAAAAUGGCCUAAGGACAACAAAGUCAAGGUAUUGGAGUGGCCAUCACAAAGCCCUGACCUCAAUUCCAUAGAAAAUUUGUGGGCAGAACUGAAAAAGCGUGUGCGAACAAGGAGGCCUACAAACCUGACUCGGUUACACCAGCUCUGUCAGGGGAAUGGGCCAAAAUUUACCCAACUUAUUCUGGAAAGAUUGUGGAAGGCUACCCGAAACGUAUGACGUAAGUUAAACAAUUUAAAGGCAAUGCUACAAAAUACUAAUUGAGUGUAUGUAAACUUCUGACCCACUGGGAAUGUGAUGAAAUUAAUAAAAGCUGAAAUAAAUCAUUCUUUACUAUUAUUCUGACAUUUCACAUUCUUAAAAUAAAGUGGUGAUCCUAACUGACCUAAGACGGGAUUUUUACUAGGAUUAAAUGUCAGGAAUUGUGAAAAACUGAGUUUAAAUGUAUUUGGCUAAGGUGUAUGUAAACUUCUGACUUCAACUGUAUAUACAGUGGGGAGAUUUUGAAGUAUUUGAAACACUGAUGAUUUUGCAGGUUUUCCUACUUACAAAGCAUGUAGAGGUCUGUAAUUUUUAUCAUAGGUACACUUCAACUGUGAGAGACGGAAUCUAAAACAAAAAUCCAGAAAAUCACAUUGUAUGAUUUUUAAGUAAUUCAUUUAUGUCUAUGUAACAAAUAUCUUAAGUGGAAAUGUAACUUUGAAUGUUCUGUGUUUGUCUGUACAAAGUACAUCUGUCUGUCCAUGAACUAAUAAUUAUUAUUUUGGCAACAGUGGGAUUGCUUAGUCAGUAACAGAAUGUUAGCCGAGGAUGCUGUGAGUGCAUUUCAUAUACAGUACCCUCGAGUUUCUCGCUUUUAUGACUGUACUUUUCUAAUCUGAUCUUCAUAAAUCGAAUACAACUAUUAACUAAUUACAGUGAGCCUACUUUGUGGUUCAACAUGAAACACAAUGUUCACGCUCCAAUGUCUGUCACACUCGAAACGCAUUUAAUUCCAAAAGCAUUUUAUUCAAACGCAUACAAACUAGUAGGAAAGCAGUUCAUGUCUUUGUACAGCGAUCAUGUAAUAAAUAAAUCAAAUACAAAUGUCA